AUGGCAAUACUUCCCAACCUACCUGCUGGAGAAUCGCCGAGUCUAUCUCCGGUAGAGCUUGCGCAACUCCUCUCCCGGUUAAAGCAGUCUGUGCUGCAUCCGAGCCCCGAACGCGAACGAAGGCUGCGCAACAGCGAGUUUGAGAGGACGAGGGUCGAGGCUAACCUUCAAUAUGCGCGAGCGGCGCUUACGAAGCUAGAGCAGACGAUACCUGGAAGGAGGGCGGAUACGCAGGGCGAUCUCACAGCACAGAAGGAAACACUGGACCUGCUGUUUGACCGGCUGGAGGAUCUAAGAAAAGUGGCUGUGGAAGAAGACGACUCAUCCGAAGGCGAAGACCUUCUGGGAGACAUCAUACAAACGCCGAGCGAGAGCCAGGAUUCGAGACGGUCGUCGAAUGCGCCAGCAGGAGAAGGCUACUUCAAAGAUGAAAUACUAGAUACAGAGCCUCCUGAGCUCCCGACACAAGCUGAACCCAUUCCUGAGCCACCUGCAACGACUGCGACGACUACAACUUCUGCACCCACCGAGACUGGUACCAGCGAAGCCCUCCCUACGCAAACGACACAAACGACCCAAACGUUACGCGCCCGUCCCUCUGCCCCAUCACCGACUCCCUCAGCCCACAGCACAGCUCGUGCGGCACUAUUCGCCAACCGCCGCAAACCCGCCAGUCCACAAGCCUCGACAGCCACAGCAGAAGCCAUCCUAGACCAACAGCGCGCAGAGCAGGAUGCCAUCUCGGACUCUAUUCUCAAGAUGGCAAGUGCUCUGAAAGAGAGCUCUAAGAGCUUCUCGGCAACCCUUGAAGAGGAUAAGAAUAUACUUGGCUCCGCUGGGGCCAGUAUGGAGAAGUCGGAGCAAAGUAUGGAGGCGGCGCAGGGUCGGAUGGGAUCUCUCAAGAGGAUGACUGAAGGCAAGGGCUGGUGGGGGAGGAUGAUGCUGUACGCGUGGGUGUAUGGAUUGAUGGUGUCGUUGAUAUUGCUGGUGUUUGUGUUUCCAAAGCUGAGAUUCUGA